AUGGAGAUGACCGAGAGCAUCUAUCGAAAAUUUGACCCAGAUGAAGACAGCAUCAGCCUCUCCACUGUCAAGUACGAGGACCUCAACAAGACUUCAAACCAUCGACACUCUGGGCCCUGGAAGAGUGGUGCUGUGUGUCUGGGUCUGCUGUGCACUCUCCUGCUGUGUGGCAUUGCAGUCCUCAGUGUCCAGAUGAUAAUGAUGAGGACUAAACAGUCAGAGCAGAGCUACAGGGAGAAACUACAUAUGCAGGCAGACUAUGACAACAUGACCUCAGAUUACCAACAGUUGCAGAUGAGUUAUAACGACCUGAACAGUGUGAAAGCUCAGUUACAGGACACAAACAACAAUCUGACAAGAGAUAUUUCUCAGCUACAGACACGAUUUAACAAUCUGCUCUCAGAGAAAUCUAGUUUACAAGCACAAUAUGACAGUGUUAAUAGAGGGAAAUCUCAGCUCCAAGAUAGAUAUGACCGUCUGACUAGAGACAAAUCUCAGUUACAGGAGAGAUGUGAUGCCAUCACUGCCGAGAGGGACACCCUACUACAGAGGACAGUAACUGCAAAAAAACAGAUCACACAGUAUGCAGUGGAUGUGACUCUGGAUCCUGAUACAGCUAAUAACUACCUCAUCCUGUCUGCUGAUGGCAAACAAGUAAAACAUGGUGAUACAUCACAGAAUCGUCCUGACAACCCCAAACGCUUUGAUCGUUAUCUUGAUGUACUGGGCAAGCAGGGCUUCAGCUCUGGUAGAUUUUACUAUGAGGUGCAGGUCAGUGGGAAGACUAAAUGGUCAUUAGGAGUAGCCAUAGAAUCUGUUAACAGAAAAGGGGAAACCAGCCUGAGCCCUACAAAUGGGUUCUGGGCAAUAUGGCUGAGGGAUAGUCAGUAUAAGGCACUAGCUGGUCCCGAUGUCACCCUCUCCCUGAAAGAGAAGCCAGAGAGGGUGGGGGUGUUUGUGGAUUAUGGGGCAGGUUUGGUCUCCUUUUAUGAUGCAGACAGGUGGAGUCUAAUCUACUCUUAUGAAGGUGAGUCCUUCAGGGAGAAAAAUCUCUAUCCCUACUUCACUCCCAAGAAUAAUGAUAAUGGCAAGAACUCUGCUCCACUGGUCAUCACUCCAGUGUCCUGUUUAAAGUAGUUUGGAUCAGUGAAGGAGAUGAAAUGCUAAAGUUCAGUUGUAGCCUAUUUGAUGAGCCUAAACUUAAAUUGUUUCACAGACAUCAGUAGGCCUUCAUUUACGAGUUUUUGUCACAUGCAUAGAAUAACUAAAAGUAAAAACAUGCUGUAAAAUGAAUGUAACUUUAUUU